CCCGCACCCACCUCCCGGCCCCAGGCACACUGCAGCUCGGCGCGGUCUCUCCAGACGCGGCGAGGUAGCUGCAAACUCACGGGCACGCACGGCGCUCGCAGAGCCGAGGGACUCGGGGGAGGGGGACGCGCGCAAGGCGCUGGCAGCCACCCUCCGAGCUUGGAGACACCCGGGGCCCAGAACAGGGGAGAGCCCUGGCGGCUGCGGCUUCCCUUUUCUCUCCCAGCUGAGCCCUGGAGAGACUCGGGGACUGGCCCUAAAAAAGCGCAGGAAAUCUUGUUUACCGCCCGGGGAGAGGAGACCAGCGAGCCUUUGUUUGGAAAGUCAGCAUCGCCGGCUCCCGCGGCAAUGUGUUCCUGGUGACAUUAGCCCAGGGUAGACGGGUCGAAGGAAAACGGGGCUCGCAAGGUUCAGCUCUGCUUUCGGACGAGGAUCGAGAGGGUGACUUUUGUGCAUUUGUUUGAAUUUGUGGAAAUCUUUUUUCCCCUCCCUCUUGCCUCUCUUGCCCGCCGCCGGGCAUGUCCUGAUCUGGUGGCCGCGCCUACCAGCCCGGGGCUACCGAUUCGAGCUGUCUCCCGCGGGUCUCCCUCCCCAUAAUCCUUGACUUUGCAACACCGGGAGAGCUGAUCUCCGCUAGGAAAGAGGCGGGGGAGUCACAGACACCGGGACUCGAAGCUUGACAUGCUCCAGGGCGGACCGGAGGCAGCCAGGAGCUGAGCGCACCGCCGGGACUGCUUCGCUCGCCGGCUACCAGUGCCCUUGCCUUCCGCUGGGCGCCAACCUUGCUCAUCUGUUGGGACGCCCGCUUCUUCUCCGCGGUCCGCGGCCGGCAGGACCAUGCUGCUGAAGGAGUACCGAAUCUGCAUGCCGCUCACCGUGGACGAGUACAAAAUCGGGCAGCUGUAUAUGAUCAGCAAGCACAGCCACGAGCAGAGUGACCGGGGCGAAGGCGUGGAGGUCGUGCAGAAUGAACCCUUCGAGGACCCUCACCACGGCAACGGGCAGUUCACUGAGAAGCGGGUGUAUCUCAACAGCAAACUGCCUAGCUGGGCUAGAGCUGUUGUUCCCAAAAUAUUUUAUGUGACCGAGAAGGCUUGGAAUUAUUACCCCUAUACAAUCACAGAAUACACAUGCUCCUUCCUGCCGAAGUUCUCCAUCCACAUAGAAACCAAGUACGAAGACAACAAAGGCAGCAACGACAGCAUUUUUGACAGCGAAGCCAAAGACCUGGAAAGAGAAGUGUGCUUCAUCGAUAUCGCCUGUGACGAGAUUCCAGAGCGCUACUACAAAGAGUCUGAGGAUCCUAAACAUUUCAAGUCUGAGAAGACAGGCCGGGGGCAGCUGAGAGAAGGCUGGCGGGAUAGCCAUCAACCCAUCAUGUGCUCUUACAAGCUGGUGACCGUCAAGUUCGAGGUGUGGGGCCUUCAGACCCGAGUGGAGCAAUUUGUGCACAAGGUGGUCCGAGACAUCCUGCUGAUUGGACACAGACAGGCCUUUGCGUGGGUCGAUGAGUGGUACGAUAUGACAAUGGAUGAUGUUCGGGAAUACGAGAAAAACAUGCAUGAACAAACCAACAUAAAAGUUUGCAAUCAGCACUCCUCCACUGUGGAUGACAUAGAGGGCCAUGCGCAGACCAGUACAUGACAAUGGACGAAGUGCGAGAAUUCGAACGCGCCACUCAGGAAGCCACCAACAAGAAAAUCGGCGUUUUCCCACCCGCCAUUUCGAUCUCCAGCAUCGCCCUGCUGCCUUCCUCAGUGCGCAGCGCCCCAUCCAGCGCCCCGUCCACCCCUCUUUCCACAGAUGCGCCAGAAUUCCUGUCCAUUCCCAAAGACCGGCCCCGGAAAAAAUCUGCUCCAGAGACACUCACACUUCCGGAUCCCGAGAAAAAAACCACCCUGAAUUUACCUGGUGUCCACUCUUCUGAAAAGCCAUGUCGGCCCAAGUCAGAGUAACUUCAUGUGAACAUCCCAUUGGAUUUUAUAUUUUCAUUUGAGGCUUUUUUUUUUUUAAGAAUUCUCUGAUAGAGGAAGGGUCUGCCUCGUCACUCAGAUAUGUCCUUUGAUCUCAGAGUGUGCAUGUGGUUAAAUAUUUUAACAGAUAGCAAGAACCCCUACGUGUGCCACACAGCGUCAUAGUGAACAUGAGUUGUAAGACUAGGAAAAAUAAAACAGGAGGGGGCUGAGGACAGAACUUAGCCAGUAAGGGCUGCAGGAGCUUGCAUGAAGCCCUAUGUUCCAUCCCCGGCGUGGUUUGCUAGACGAGAGGAUCAGAAGAUCAGGGUUAACCUCAGUUAUAUAAAAAAAAUUGAGGCUAACCUGGGUUAUAUGAGACCCUGAAUCAAAAACAAUCAAAAACCCCACAGCAUCUAUAGAGUUCUGUGUGGGCCAGGAAGGAAGCUUUGUUUGGGGGCCCUGACGAGUCUGACGUGGGCCUCAAUGGUAAACAGGUGAAUGGAUGAAAAACCGUGAAGCCGGUUUUGUUGUUGUUAUUUUGUUUUGUUUUCGUUUUUGUAAGAUGUGGUAAAAUUAUGAAGUCAGUUUCCUCCCAUCAAACAUGAAAUUCUCAACAACAAAAAAGAAAACACUCUCAGGUGUCACACGCCUAAUCGUUAGAUUUUGGGCUGCUGACCACCAAUACUUGAAUGCCAGUCGUUAUCAAUAGUCCUGUUUUGAUUAGUCUGACUCAGGAUUUGGGGCCUAAUCAACUCCUCAAAUGUUUGAAAAUUUUAAUGACCAAUUUCUAGAGGCUCCAAGUGCAAUUAACAAUGACUUCUUUAUACCUUUUCAUAAAAUUUAAUAAAGAUCCCAUCUGUUCCCGUCUCUUAGUAAUUUCCCCUUUUGUACCCUGGUGGCCUCUCAAAUUUUUAGACUUGCCUGGAUGACUGUGACCAUAGCUGAUAUAAUGUGGAAUGAUCUGGAAACUGAGAGCCCCAGGUGAGACAGACAUCUCCUCUUCGGGUACCAGCGAAGCUUGACCUGUGAGUGGCCAUCAUCCAUUACAAUUCUCAGAAAUUUCAAUGAACUAAAUAGAAUUCAUUGACAAUCUCCCACUUGAGGAAGUUCAGAGUGGACUACGUUACCCGGGCUUAAUUACUGUCAGAAGGUCUGGUGUCCAAACCUUGCGAAAAAGAAUCCUCCCCACCCAGUUAGUGCUUAGUUCAGACAUACCUGGAAUGGGGUGCCGAUCACCAGGUUUAGAAAAUCCAAAUAUUGGGGGCCGGCGUGUAGCUCAAUGGUAGAGUUCUUGCCUAGCAUGCAGACAGCCCUGGGCUCUGUCCCCAAUCCUGCAAAAAGGAAACAGUGCAAUUGGCCAUGUCUCGGGGAGCCAGUAAACACAGUCACCUGGGAGACCUUGUCUCCAUGGUGGAAUCACCAACUCCUAUUCGUACAGAGGUGUGGUCAUAAAUGCCCCCUUUGUCCUGAUCUCAUUGCUGAGAGACCUAGAAAUGGACAUCAGAGUCCAGGCCAACAGCUGGCAAAGGUCAUUCGUCAAAGUGGCAGGAAGAAAUCUGUCACUGUUCCCCCUCACUGCCUUUAAGCCCACGGGGAAGGCAAGCAGAAUGUCAGUGAUGAGCAAGAGGUCGCUGGGGAGCUCCAGAGCCCAUGUCCUAGCCGUCCUUUCCGACUGGGACCCCCAACACAGAUCCCAAAAUAAACAAAACAGACCAAGGAGUGCAUUCUCCUUCCGUGCCCCCUUCCAGCCAAUAGACCCUGCCACACCCCGUCUUGAGUGCACUGCACUCCACAGAGUCCUUCGGGACCACACCCCCUCCCAAGGCACAGGUGCUGGCCCCUUGAGCCCAGCACCGGAGUGCUUAGUGUGCCUAGAUCAUUUCUUUAUCUGUAGAUGGACGUUGCGCCCAGUACUCAAAGGAAAACUGCAAAUAGCUCUGCACACCAGUUUAUCUUUCCCAUAAGGUGGCCGUGCCGUAGUAGGGUGCCCUUCCUUGCAUGGUAGAGAAGCAUGAAUCUCGCUUGUGGAAAGUCGCCAUCUUUUCUCGAACCCUUUGGACUUCUCAGUGAGAAUUUUGCUCCUUCUCAAUCAGUCUUUGCUCCUUCUCCGUGCAGCUGUACUCAGUGAGAAUGUCUGGCUUUAAAAAGCAAAAUUCCCCUUUCAGAAGACACAGAGUAUAUGUAUCUGCUCCCCGUUUGCAAGCUGAAAUCGGGCUGGGGUAGGUACAUUGGUUUUCGUAUAGUACAAAUUGGUUUCGUGCCGUGGUUAGCCCAUUGGGCACCGAAGUUCUGUGUUAAUGCCAUGCCACGUUCCCUUUUCAAUGCCAGCGUUUGUUGUCAAGGUCAACAAUCUGGUUCACUUUGAAAAGCUACUUUCUGAUUCCCUUUUUGUGAGUUUUCUUUAUUUUGUAGUCAGCCCAACACCUUUGACACCAAUUGCAGCACUAACCUAUGAUAGUGUAAUUCUUAACCAGCACGCGUGUGUUCAGUUUUUCUGCCUACGUGUGGUUUGCCUGUGCCACAAAUAAGGAAGGGGUGGGAGUCUGAAUGUUUCAUUAGCUGCUUUGAAUAGUUAAUCCUGUCAUCACAAAGCAUAAAUGACUUCAAUAUUUUCUAAAUCUUGAUUUUUCCAAGUACCUUUUCACUUUGUCCUGACAUGAAUCUGCUACUGUGGGAUAUAAGCCCGCAAUGAAUGUGUACAUAGAACAUGAAUGUGUACAUAGAACAUGAAUAACUCUUGUGAGGACGGAAACGGAAUGGCUGCAUGAUGGAAAUUUGGAAAGACAAAAAAAAAAAUAGCAGAAACUUGAAUUUAUUAAGCAUGUCUGAGGGGGGAAAUAGAGUCCUUAACUCAGUGCCUCUGUCUGCCAUAUGAAAACCUCCAACUUUGUUCACCAAAACUGUAUUAUACCUGUACAUAUAUAUAUAUACAUAUACAAAAUGCAGUAUAGUGAGUCGCGCACCACAAUUCUAAGUCUCCAGUAGCCAAAUUGAAGGAAGUAACCCAUAGGAUAAUACCUAUGUUUACCCCCUCUUCAUCUCUGAUGUUGGUGGAUGCUACUAAAAUGGCCAUACAUGUCUUUACUCCAGGCGGCUUUCGGAUAAGCAGUACCCCUGUGCUCUAGGUGUGGUACAGCAUUGUCGCUUUGUCUGGGCUUUUCCUGGAUCGAGGAGGCUUUGCGGUGUUGUAUUGCAUAAGGUCUGUCUGAAGCUGCCUCUGAAGAGCAUUUCCUCUCGAGCUGCGGUCAGAGAAGGCAAAAGGAAGAACUGAGAGAGAGGAGAAGCUGUGACUUUGUCAGUUGCCACUUUGUUGCUGGGUCUGUUUGUAAAGUCUUCGCAUCUAUGUGGGGAAUUGUUUUAACUUAUUUACAGGUAUGCGUCAGCCGUGUUCUGGGGUGUGGAAAUAAGUGAGCUCAACUGCGGGUGAAUGAGCGCAAGCACAUAAUGGACACACACACACACACAAGCAAUGGCUGUCAAAAUGGCUCAGAGGGCCGAAGCACUUGCCACCAAGCCUGACACCCUGAGUUCAAGCCCCAGGUCACACAUGAAAGAAAACUAGUUCUCAUAAGUUGUCCUCUAACCACCACAUAUACAGUGGCACGUACACACACACACACACACACACACACACCCAUAGAUAUAAUUUUAAGAAUAAAAUACAAAACUCUCCAUGAUACCCCUAAAAGUAAUCUUGUCGCUUAUUUUCACAGCCUAUAACGAACUGCAAACUAAGAGACAUCUUGAUAAAAGCCCAUUUGAAUGAAAUUUCCAGGCUAACGUGUUUAUGAGUGCUUUCAAAUACCGCCUCCUUCGGUAUCUCUGCGCUGCUCAGAGGUGACAGACCCCAGGCCGCCAGCUGGCUUAGGUCGAUGGAAAUUUCCUUUGUGAAAAAGGCUGGCAUAGGGUUGACUAAACUUUCCAUGUAUGAGCAGAUAAUCCCAGGGAGAGUAGCUAGCCAAAUGGUUUCCGUCCGUUCCCCAUGCUUUGCCGGUCACCUGACUAGCUGGCUAGAUGACAGUAGGCCAUCUGAGCCAUGGCUGCAAAGAUGACAGAAUCCUGGCCUGGGCUAUAAAUUGGCAUAAAUAAACCACGUUAAGUUCUUCAUUCUUUGUGAGACACCAUCAUGUGGUGUUGACACACAGAGGCAAGACAGCUAUGGUUCUUCUGUGCGCCACCUACAAAGCGGUCCGUGUCUGCUGUCUAACUGCUCAAGCUUCGCGGGAUGUCAUGCCGUGAAAGGAUGAAUUCGUAGAGGACGUUAGAGACAGCACCCCUUAACUGCAACUCCACGCAGUUAUGCCCACCAUAAGCCUCCCCGCCUUCUUGUUUUUCAAGCUGAAGUGGUGUCUGUAGAAUUUCAAGUCUCCCUUUAGGUUUCUCUGUGUCCCCCAAGGAAAGACGAGAUUCUUUUGAGUUGGCGUGUUAUCCAUGUUACACAUAUCCAUGUAUGUGUCCUUCCCAGUGUAAUUUCAGUGUUUACAUUUUUGAGCUGAGAUCUUGAUUGGCUGACUUAACUCAAAAUACCACUGCCACCGCUGAAGGACCAAGUGUUGGAACACAGAGAGUUGUGAGCAAAGCGAGCGGAAGGGACGCACAUCCGUCUGUGUCAUUCUAUGGCUGUACUGUCGUCUACGCCCGCCCCCGUUAUUUAUUAUUGUCGAUAGCUUACUUUUUCUUACAUUCUGUUGUAAAUAAAGUACAAAACAAUCUUC